GCGUGCACAGCCCCAACUGGUUUGCCAGGCCUUCAUCAAUAAAAUUUUCGUCCGAACCACAAUCGACUAGGGCGGUGACUGUGUGAGACUGGCCCUUCCUGGAGAGGGUGGCUGUGAGCUGGAGUCUGCGUGAAGAAUUGUGAGACAUGUGGCUCACCAAUAGUCCUUCCUCUAUUGGCGAGCCAUUUCCCGGACGCACCGGACAGCCACGAAUAAAGUGCCCUCCCUCACCGCAGUAAAUGCAUAACUGAGCCUUAUACCUGCGUGUGCGCUCCUCCAGGGACAGCCUUGUGCGGCCCAACUGCAUUGGCUCAGUCUUGUCAGAAGGGGGCGACUUCGCCUGCACAGUGUCAGCUGCCUGGGCAGGAAGUGGCGGUAGUAGUGGAAGGGCAGGGAAGAUUUUGCGUGUGGCGUCCAGCUCUUCUCUGCGUUGCCUUUCUCGCUCGCGUAAGCGAUUGUCAAUAUUUAUUGCCAAAAGAACCAGGUUUUCCAAGGAACUGGGCUCGUCCCGUGUGGCCAAUUCAUCCUUGAGGGAUUCGUUCAAGGCGCGGGUGAACACUUCCUGGAGAGCCGCGUCAUUAAACCGGCUUUCCGCGGCCAGCGUCCGGAACUCAACCGAGAAUUCGGCGACGCUCCGAGGCCCCUGGCGAAUGGACAUUAGCCGCUUGGCUGCCUCUUUGCCACGGACUGGAUGAUCGAAGAUCUUGCGCAUUUCCUUCGUGAAGCGGGAGUACGACACACACACGGAAGAACUCUGCUCCCAUAUUGAAGAGGCCCAUUCCAAAGCCGCUCCGCGAAGGCAGCCGAUGAGGCUCUAUGCGCUGUGGGCCUUUGUGGAGGUCGUGACCUCCGUGACCAAGCCUGCCAAGAGGAAGGUGGCUGGGCGGAGGUCCAGGCAGGUGUUUGAGACGGAACCCGUGGAGGGUGUUUGGUCAGUGUGGGCGGAGUGGUCCGAUUGCUCCCAGUCAUGUGGCGUGGGCGUGUCUCACAGAACCAGGAAGUGUCUUCCACCUCCACCUAUCUCGCCCCCUGUCUCCUACUUGCCACCCAACUGGGGCAGCUAUCUUCCAAGUGGCGUCGGGGGCCCGCUCAUCUCCUCAAUGCGCCCCUAUCCUCCUUCCCGUCAACACCUGCCUCAUCACCAAUCGCCUAAUCCCAACCAGGGGUUGUCUCUUUAUCGAAAUACCCAGCCAGGAGGUGACUCGGGGCAGACCGAUCAGUCUUUCCUUCAAGCUGAAUACCCGGCGGCCAAUCAGAACCGAGUGUCCGUGUACCGAUCCCCUUACCACGCUCCCUCACGUGCCUACAACCAACAGCAACGCACCAUUAGGAGGCCUAGCAACCCAGGAGCAUCGAGAACAGGAGGAGGAGGAGGCAGCAGACGGUCGGUCAGCACUAGUCGGGAAGCUUUGCCUGUCAGGAGGUCUUCGCCCAUCCGUCCCGGUCAGUUUGGGUACGGGAAAGUCCCUUUCUCCCUGCCUUUGCACCGACCCAGUCGGCAGGCUCGCCACACUGAUAACAGUACCACGUCAGGACCUCAACAAGCUGCCGAUGAUAAUGACGAAGAGGUCGAUGAUGAAGAGGGCACCACUACCGCCUCCCCCACUACAGCGACACCUCAACUACAUGGCAGAAGUGAGCACAGACGGGUCCGAGUCCCACCCCCUCUUCAAUUCCUGCCACGUUCCCCCUCUUCGUCAUCAUCGGUCCUGUCUAGUCAUCGACGAUUUGAUUGGGACACUGUCGCUGCACCACCUCCACCUCCUGUCUCGUCUCACUUGCAUCCCAACUCGCAACUCCACUACUCUUCUCCUCUUCACUGGCCCGUACACAGGGAAAGGGCACCUCAACCGGGAUUCGGACCUCAAGCCCCACAAACAGGCAACGUUUACCCACUUCAGCACCCCCACGGGCAACACGUGUUGCCAGAAGCAGGCGUCAUUGGAAGCAGAGGAACGCCGCAGAACUACAGGUGUUCCGGUCCCGAGAAGGAAUAUCGCAGAUGCUUCUCACAGGUGUGCGCCGGUGCCACGCUGGAUUCCAGAGCCGAGCAAUGCGCCGCUUUUAACGUCAAGGAGUUUAUGGAUCGACUCUACAACUGGGAACCUUUCACUGAGGUUGGUCCAGAGAAGCAGUGCGAGCUGACGUGCCGGCCAGUCGGCUAUCGAUUCUACGUUCGCCAGGCCGAGCGAGUGCGAGAUGGGACGCCAUGCUUCAAUGUCACGUCUAACGAUGUGUGCGUCGAAGGACAAUGUCUGACGGAGGGCUGCGACGGCGUUCUUGGCUCAGGCUCGGUGCUCGACAAAUGCGGCGUUUGCGGCGGGCGGGAUUCCUCCUGUCAGAGGGUGACGGGCAGCUUCCAAAAUGCCACAGUUCCCCUGGGCUACCACAAAAUCUUGGACAUCCCGGCCGGGGCGACCUUCAUUAACAUCACCGAGAGACGGGCCAGUCCAAACUAUCUGGCCAUGAGGAGCGGAACGGGGGCUUCGGUGGUAAACGGGCGCUGGGCCGUUGACCCUCCGGGGGAAUACCAGGCGGGCGGGACGACCUUCACGUACGCCCGACCAAGAGCGCAGGCGGAAGGGGAGGAGGAAAGAGGGGAGUCCCUCAGGGCCCCCGGACCCACCAGCACACAGCUGCAGCUCUAUAUCAUCUUCCACCAGCAGAACCCGGGCAUCGACUACGAGUUCUACAUCCCUGUAGAGAAGAAGGAGGGAGAGGCGCCCAUGGAGAGACAGCCGGCGAGGGCACCCCUUCGCAGUCCCCUCACUGUGUCAAUAGAAGAGCCUCCUCCUGCCGCUCCUCCUCUUUCCAUCCCUUCUUUCCCCUCCUCCUCCUCUUCUGUAUACGCUCCUCCGUCCUCUGACCACUGGGCCGGCGAAAGGUCCCGACCUCGGGCCUCGGCGCCCAAUCGCAACGCCCGAAUCCCGCCUCGCACGGACUUGCCAUUGGACACUCAGCCACCGUUCGUGUGGAGGAGAGGCGCAUUGUCACAGUGUUCUGUUUCCUGUGGUAAAGGUCACCAAUUUCGAGAGAUCAUCUGCAUUGAUCGCCACACAAGUGAGGAAGUUCCAGAGAGGAAAUGCGACUCUGCCGCGAAACCAGUACCAGAGGAGGAGCCUUGCAACGUACACGCCUGUCCGCCAUUCUGGGAGGCGAGCGCUUGGUCGGAGUGCAGCGUGUCCUGCGGGCCCGGCUUGCAGCAGCGACAGCUCCAGUGCAGACAAAGUUUUGGCAACCGCUCCACCAUGGUCCACCCCCAGCGCUGUGCCAAUCUCAGCCCGCCAGAAUCUACACAGGCCUGCCAGCUGCAGCUGUGUUCCCACUGGGAGGUCGGCAACGACUGGAGCACGUGUUCAGUGGACUGCGGCGUGGGAAAGCGGACGAGGAGCGUACGUUGCGUAAGCGAUCAAGGCAGCGUGGUGAACGACAUGGAGUGCAGCUCCAGGGUUCGCCCGGUGGGCAGCGAGGAGUGCAACAUGGGCCCUUGUGUGACCAACUGGUACUCAUCCGCCUGGUCCAGCACUUGCUCGGCGCAAUGUGGCCCCGGUGUGCAGAAGAGAGAAGUGGUGUGUCUGACACGUGGAGGGGUCCGAGAGGGUGAAGGAGCUGGGGACUGUGUCGGGGAGAAACCGGCUGAGCUGAAAGCUUGCAACGGAGGUCCCUGCGAGCCCAUCACCAUGUGGUACAGCAGCCCAUGGACGCAGUGCAAUGUUCAGUGCGGGGAUGGCACACAGCGGCGAGACAUCAUUUGCAUCCAGAAGACAGGCAACGAUUUUACAGUUGUACCCUCAGCCGAAUGCGCGCAAAUGGAUAAACCGCCCGCGGUGCAGGAGUGCGAGAUGGGCGAUUGUCAUCCGCAGUGGUUCACAACAGAGUGGAGCACGUGCUCACGCUCUUGCGGAAAAGGUCUACAGAUGAGGGAGGUACGGUGUCUGACAGCGGACAAAAAGCACAGCCAAAACUGCGACGCCAACAUCAAACCUGAACAGGAACAAAUCUGCAACCCCAUACCAUGCAGUCCACAAGUCACAGAUGAGAACUGCAGGGACAAACGGCACAACUGUGUGAUGGUGGUGCAGGCCAGACUUUGUGUCUACUCCUACUACAAGACAGCGUGUUGCGCCUCGUGCACGCAAAGCGCGCAGCGUGCCAAGAGACAUUGAAAGGCCAAUCUCAGGCAGCCCCGGUGUGCAAGAAGUGCAACAUUGGGCGCCAGUAGCCCAAUAGCCUCCUCCUGUCAUGACUGCUCUCUAGAAAAGAGUAGCCCAGAGUAGAUCAUUUACCAGUGGAGGCAGCUGUCUAUAACAUUUAGUCAUUUUCGCCUUCAGUUUCAGGUAAAAACACUGUGAAAGCAGUCAGUUCUUUCUGCGGUUUCGCCACAGCUUGCCUGUCUCUACUCACUGCGUUAGCCUCGCAUACAUGCCACGAAAGGCUAAGUGGUUUCCAUGAAUGAAAUUGUUUUCAAACUUCAUUUUUUUAAGAUGCCUUCUAAUUCUGAACAUCCAGCUAAUCAUGCAUACCUCUGCCUCCAAAAUCAGAAGUAGAAACAUGUAGGACUUCGUGGACUUGAUCUACUGUAUAUACAGUCGCUUUCCCAUGUUGCCCAAUGGCCAACUAUCGAAGGAUUUCUGUUGUAUUUGUUUGCCAAAAAAUAUCUCUAAGUGCCCUUGUAGUGCUCAUUGCAGUUCAAGAAGUUCAACCAAAGUAGGGAUUGAAUGACCAAAUGAGGAAAAGCCAACGUUGUGCCACAGCAAAGGACAACUUAAUCAAGCCAAUUAUCAUUGUCAUUAAAUUUCAUCAACAGACCAAAGUGAUAUUCACGCCAUCGAAUUCCAAUUUUUUAUCAGCGACAUACAACUUGAUCAAAAGUCUCAUUUCUAUUAUGAAAUAUCCGACUUCUGCCUUGUCUGAUAUAUAUAUAUAUUUUUUGCACAAUGCAAUGAUCACCUGUAUAUACUGUAUGUGUGUGCGUCUCUGUUUAAGCUUCAUUUUUCUACCUUUCACACAGCACAAAAUCAGCACGAACACACACACACUCACUCCUAAGGUGAGAAUCUGUAUAUUAUGUAUGUUUUUAAUGUGUAUAAGAUGUUUUGAACAUAGUAGGCGCUUAUAUUUUAACUGACUGUAGUUGUUUUUGUUAUGAUAGACUGAAUUUAUUCCCAUCUAGCUGGCAUAUACCGUACAUAACUUUAAGAACAGAAUCUGAAUUGUUUAUGUUCCUACUUCAUGUGCUUCCAAUUCAGUCAUCUUGUCUCCCUUGUAGUGAAAUUUUAUACAUAUAUAAAAAGAGAAAGGACAGUAAUUUAUCUAAAGAACAUGUAAUUUAUUUUUUUUGUAUUUUCUCUCUGUAGCAACCACCAGAAAUUAUUAUUACACACACACCUUUUAGUACACAAAAACAGUGUGACAACCUCACUAUCCCAAUGCUUAAAUAAACUCAAUAAAAGUCGAACAUCGGAUAAAUGGAAAAUCUGUGUUCAUUGUUCAAAGAAAAUGUUUUUUUACCGUUACCUCCAAUAGGUGGCGCUUAUGAGUCGUAUAUGUUCCAAUUCAGCAGUGCUUCUAAGCUUAUUCAGGAGACUCCAAUAAAGGUUACCUAUUUAUACUAUGUAUGUUUCCUAUACAACCAAACUCAAUCAGUUAAUUGAUCAAUCAGGAGUCAUCUCAGAUUUGCUGCUCUAUUUAAAAGUAAUCACUAAAAUCAUAAACCUUGCAGAGCACACUUUAACCCUAUCAAUGAGUUUAGAAACACUGCUUGUUAUAAUGAAUGCCCUCCUUGUGUGCCAAGUAUCUUGUUUGUUUAUUUGAUAAUAAAUUGAUUCGUAUCUCACUUUAUCACAGGGUUUCCCAAACAUAAUGGCGGGAGUUAAAAUGGGCUGUAGGUCAAUUUUUAUUGAGUCUCCAAUCAUCACAGUAAAAUGUGAGCUAUUUUAUUGAUCAUCGAAUGGCCGACGAUAUUUCACGUCAAAGGGCUUUGUGAUAGUAAAUCAUGUCGGCUGUGUUUCCUCUCACUGGUUCAUCAACUGUAUUGUUGAUGUUAUGGCUAUUCAUGGUGUAAUUUGGUACAUUUUGUUCAGGGAGAAAACUAGUUUGAGCUGGAAAAUUGUGUGGAAAACUUGUAAAUUUCCUGUUCCAAAAUGGAUUGGAGGUCUAUUGCUGCCAAUGAGUUACUUGUUGGAAAAAAUGCUUCAACCUCCUGUGGCAAGGUACAAAAUUUGGAAUUUGACCCAGAAAUGUUUAGACGUUUGCAAUUCCCUGAUUUGACAUGAGCAACUCCCCAAUAUGAGUCAGUGCUGCUUUGUGCACUUUUUUUGUUCAUAGCAUCUUAACCAGGGGUGGGCAAACUAUUCCACAAAGGGCCGCAGUGGGUGCGGGUUUUUAUUCAUACCCAUCAUGAGGACAGCCUUUCACCAAUCCGGUUUCUAACAAGUGUAAUCAGUAGAUUUCAGUCAGGUGCUUCUUGUUUCCACUGAUACCUCAUUGGCUAAACUGUCUGUGCUGAAUAAGUUUGAACAAAGACCAGGACCCACUGCGGCCCUCGAGGACCGGUUUGCCCACCCCUGAUCUUAACUAUUGAAAAAGAUUUGAUUUUAGAAUUUCACUUUUUCUACCAGGCCAAACACUGUUGGAAACAAUUUUUAAAAAAUCUAUUGUGUUGAGAUUAAAACUGAUUCAAAAAUUGGUCAGUUUUUUUCCUCCACAGCAAGUUUUUGUUUUUUGUUUUUUUUCAUUCAAAGCUUACCUACUUGCUAAUUUUGUUAAGAUGGAAGUCUUCAGUCCCACCUAUACGCAAGCCUACUGGCUCAAAGAGAUGUUAUAUUUUCUCAAAUUGGAAAAAAUUAGACUGACACUCAGUGGAUCGGCUGAGUCCUUUGAGGACAUCUGGAACCCUUUUUUGGUAUAUGUUAAAAGCGCAGAAUGUCAUCUUUGUGUGGAUGUUUGAACUUUGCCCUAAAUAUUUUGGGAAUAUUAGUUUUUCUUGAGCUGUGCCUUUUUCCCUUUUAAACGGGAAGGGUUAACCCUAACCCCU